AUGGCGGUCUCCAGGCUUGACCGUCUUUUUAUCUUGCUGGAUACUGGCACUACUCCAGUUACAAGGAAAGCUGCUGCACAGCAACUUGGAGAAGUGGUGAAGCUUCAUCCCCACGAGCUGAAUAAUCUGCUAUCUAAAGUGUUGAUAUAUUUAAGGAGUACAAAUUGGGAUACUCGGAUUGCAGCAGGACAAGCUGUUGAAGCUAUAGUGAAAAAUGUACCUGAAUGGAAUCCCGUGCCAAGAACCAAACAAGAAACUACUUCAGAAAGUGCUAUGGAAGACUCAUCUACUACAGAUCGAUUGAAUUUUGACAGAUUUGAUAUAUGUAGAUUGUUACAACAUGGGGCAUCACUUUUGGGAUCUGCUGGUGCAGAAUUUGAAGUACAAGAUGAAAAAUCAGGUGAAGUGGAUCCUAAGGAAAGGAUAGCACGCCAACGAAAGCUAUUACAGAAAAAACUUGGCCUUAAUAUGGGAGAAGCCAUUGGAAUGAGCACUGAAGAGCUCUUUAAUGAUGAAGAUCUGGAUUAUACCCCAACUUCAGCAGCCCUUGUGAACAAACAACCUACUCUCCAGGCCGCUGAACUGAUUGACUCAGAGUUUCGAACAGGAAUGAGCAAUAGACAAAAGAACAAAGCUAAAAGAAUGGCCAAAUUAUUUGCAAAACAGAGAUCCAGGGAUGCAGUAGAAACGAAUGAGAAGAGCAAUGAUAGCACUGAUGGGGAACCAGAAGAAAAGAGACGAAAGAUAUCAAAUGUUGUUCUUAAUCAGUCUGCAGUUGAUUCCAAAGUUCUGAUUGAUAAUAUUCCAGACAGUUCUCCCUUAAUUGAAGAGACAAAUGAAUGGCCUUUGGAAAGCUUUUGUGAAGAACUUUGCAAUGACCUUUUUAAUCCCUCCUGGGAGGUUCGACAUGGUGCAGGCACUGGACUUAGGGAAAUCCUUAAAGCUCAUGGGAAAAGUGGUGGUAAAAUGGGAGAUAGCACUUUAGAAGAGAUGAUUCAACAGCAUCAAGAGUGGUUGGAAGACUUGGUUAUUAGACUCCUUUGUGUGUUUGCUUUAGACAGAUUUGGAGACUUUGUUUCUGAUGAAGUUGUGGCACCAGUUCGUGAAACUUGUGCUCAAACAUUAGGUGUGGUGUUAAAACACAUGAAUGAAACAGGAGUUCAUAAGACUGUGGAUGUGCUGCUUAAAUUACUUACACAAGAACAGUGGGAAGUUAGACAUGGUGGUCUGCUAGGAAUAAAGUAUGCUUUGGCAGUUCGUCAGGAUGUAAUUAAUACUUUAUUGCCUAAAGUUUUAACUAGAAUAAUUGAAGGACUCCAGGAUCUUGAUGAUGAUGUCAGAGCUGUUGCUGCAGCAUCAUUAGUACCUGUGGUAGAAAGCCUUGUGUAUCUGCAGACACAAAAAGUACCUUUCAUUAUAAAUACAUUAUGGGAUGCUCUUCUGGAACUAGAUGAUCUAACAGCAUCAACAAAUAGUAUUAUGACUCUUCUGUCAUCCUUGUUAACUUAUCCUCAGGUUCAACAAUGCAGUAUUCAGCAGUCACUCACAGUUUUAGUUCCACGGGUCUGGCCUUUUUUGCAUCACACUAUAUCAUCAGUUCGAAGAGCGGCCUUGGAAACUCUGUUCACUUUGUUAUCAACACAAGACCAGAACUCUUCAUCUUGGCUUACACCUAUCCUUCCUGAUAUGCUUCGACAUAUAUUUCAGUUUUGUGUUUUAGAAAGCAGCCAGGAAAUUCUGGACCUCAUUCACAAGGUUUGGAUGGAAUUGUUGAGCAAGGCUUCAGUUCAGUAUGUAGUAGCGGCUGCUUGUCCAUGGAUGGGUGCGUGGCUUUGCUUAAUGAUGCAGCCUUCUCAUUUACCUAUUGAUUUAAAUAUGUUGCUGGAAGUAAAAGCUAGAGCCAAAGAAAAAACAGGUGGUAAGGUGCGCCAGGGCCAAAGCCAGAGUAAAGAAGCACUUCAGGAGUACAUUGCAGGUGCAGACACCAUCAUGGAAGACCCCACCACCAGGGACUUUGUUGUUAUGCGGGCCAGAAUGAUGGCAGCCAAGUUGUUAGGAGCCCUUUGUUGCUGUAUUUGUGAUCCAAGUGUAAAUGUGGUAACCCAAGAAAUUAAACCAGCUGAAUCCCUUGGCCAGUUACUACUCUUCCAUUUGAACUCCAAAUCUGCCUUACAGAGAAUUAGUGUAGCUUUGGUAAUCUGUGAAUGGGCUGCUUUACAGAAGGAGUGUAGAGCUGUUACCCUAGCCGUGCAGCCACGCUUACUUGAUAUCCUUUCAGAACAUUUAUAUUAUGAUGAAAUUGCGGUUCCAUUUACACGAAUGCAAAAUGAGUGUAAACAGCUUAUUUCAUCACUAGCUGAUGCACAUAUUGAAGUUGGUAAUAGAGUAAACAACAACGUUUUUACAAUUGAUCAAGCUCAUGACCUGGUCACUACUGUUUUUAAUGAAGUCACAUCAUCCUUCAAUUUAAAUCCUCAAGUAUUACAACAGUUAGAUAGUAAACGACAGCAGGUCCAAAUGACAGUUACAGAGACCAACCAGGAGUGGCAAGUGUUGCAGUUGAGAGUGCAUACUUUUGCUGCAUGUGCAGUUGUGAGCUUGCAGCAACUUCCAGAGAAGUUAAAUCCUAUUAUCAAACCAUUAAUGGAGACAAUUAAAAAAGAAGAGAAUACGCUAGUGCAGAACUACGCGGCUCAAUGCAUGGCCAAACUACUUCAGCAGUGCACAACAAGGACUCCCUGUCCCAAUUCAAAAAUUAUUAAAAAUCUCUGUAGCUCACUUUGUGUGGACCCAUAUCUAACUCCUUCUGUCACAUGUCCAGUACCAACACAAAGUGGCCAGGAAAAUUCUAAAGGAUCCAACUCUGAAAAAGAUGGAAUGCAUCAUACUGUCACCAAGCACCGGGGUAUAAUUACACUCUAUCGGCAUCAGAAAGCUGCUUUUGCUAUCACAAGUAGGCGAGGUCCUACCCCCAAAGCCGUCAAAGCUCAAAUAGCCGAUCUUCCUGCAGGAGGUAGUGGAAACCUCCUUGUUGAACUUGAUGAGGCUCAGAAGCCUUACUUGGUACAACGGAGAGGAGCUGAGUUUGCCUUGACAACUAUAGUGAAGCAUUUUGGUGGUGAAAUGGCAGUGAAGUUGCCACAUCUCUGGGAUGCUAUGGUUGGCCCAUUGAGGAAUACAAUCGACAUACAUAAUUUUGAUGGAAAGUCCCUCUUGGAAAAGGGAGAUGGCCCUGCCCAAGAACUGGUGAAUUCUCUGCAAGUUUUUGAAACAGCAGCGGUGUCAAUGGAUUCUGAGCUUCAUCCCCUGUUGGUACUGCAUUUGCCUCAUCUUUACAUGUGCCUUCAGUAUCCCAGCACUGCAGUGAGGCACAUGGCUGCUCGUUGUGUGGGCGUCAUGAGCAAAAUAGCUACCAUGGAAACAAUGAAUAUAUUUUUGGAGAAGGUUCUUCCAUGGCUGGGAGCAAUUGACGACAAUAUCAAACAAGAGGGUGCAAUUGAAGCACUUGCCUGUGUAAUGGAACAACUGGAUGUUGGUAUUGUUCCAUAUAUUGUACUCUUAGUUGUGCCUGUGUUGGGAAGGAUGAGUGAUCAGACGGACAGCGUAAGAUUCAUGGCUACACAAUGCUUUGCAACACUAAUUAGACUCAUGCCACUUGAGGCAGGCAUUCCAGACCCUCCAAAUAUGUCAGAAGAAUUAAUCCAAUUGAAAGCCAAGGAAAGACACUUUUUGGAGCAAUUGUUAGAUGGGAAAAAGUUAGAAAAUUAUAAGAUUCCAGUACCAAUCAAUGCUGAACUCAGAAAAUAUCAACAGGAUGGUGUGAACUGGUUAGCAUUUCUUAAUAAGUAUAAGCUUCAUGGAAUUCUGUGUGAUGACAUGGGUUUAGGGAAGACUUUACAGUCCAUCUGUAUUCUAGCAGGAGAUCACUGUCACAGGGCCCAGGAAUAUGCAAGAUCAAAAUUGGCAGAAUGUAUGCCACUUCCUUCCUUGGUGGUUUGUCCACCAACAUUAACAGGUCAUUGGGUGGAUGAAGUAGGUAAAUUUUGCUCCAGAGAAUAUCUCAAUCCACUGCAUUAUACUGGACCUCCUACUGAAAGAAUAAGGUUACAGCACCAGGUGAAAAGGCACAAUCUCAUAGUGGCUUCAUAUGAUGUUGUGAGAAAUGACAUAGAUUUCUUUAGAAAUAUUAAAUUUAACUACUGUAUUCUUGAUGAAGGCCAUGUCAUCAAAAAUGGAAAAACAAAAUUGUCAAAAGCAGUAAAACAACUGACUGCUAAUUAUAGGAUUAUUCUUUCUGGAACACCAAUCCAGAACAACGUUUUGGAGCUGUGGUCAUUAUUUGAUUUCCUCAUGCCAGGAUUUUUGGGGACUGAACGCCAGUUUGCUGCUCGGUAUGGUAAACCUAUAUUAGCAAGUAGGGAUGCUCGAAGCUCCAGUCGAGAACAAGAAGCAGGUGUUCUUGCAAUGGAUGCACUGCACCGCCAGGUCCUGCCAUUUCUUUUGAGAAGAAUGAAAGAAGAUGUUUUACAGGAUCUACCACCCAAAAUUAUUCAAGACUAUUACUGUACUCUCAGUCCUCUCCAGGUUCAACUCUAUGAGGAUUUUGCUAAGUCUCGUGCCAAGUGUGACGUCGAUGAAACAGUUUCUUCAGCUGCACUUUCUGAAGAAACCGAGAAGCCAAAGCUUAAAGCUACAGGUCAUGUAUUCCAGGCAUUACAGUACUUACGUAAACUGUGCAACCAUCCAGCAUUAGUCUUAACACCUCAGCAUCCAGAGUUCAAGAGUACUACUGAAAAACUUGCAGCUCAGAAUUCUUCUCUCCAUGAUAUUCAGCAUGCCCCUAAACUCUCAGCUUUGAAACAAUUGCUGUUGGACUGUGGUUUGGGAAAUGGCAGUACUUCCGAGAGUGGCACAGAGUCUGUAGUAGCCCAGCACAGGAUACUGAUCUUCUGUCAACUUAAAAGCAUGCUUGAUAUAGUAGAACAUGAUCUUCUCAAACCUCAUUUACCCUCUGUCACUUACUUGAGGUUGGAUGGUAGCAUACCUCCUGGUCAGAGGCAUUCCAUUGUUUCACGGUUUAACAAUGAUCCAUCCAUAGAUGUUCUUUUACUUACAACUCAUGUUGGUGGCCUGGGGCUUAACUUAACAGGCGCUGAUACAGUGGUAUUUGUGGAGCAUGACUGGAAUCCCAUGCGUGAUCUACAAGCCAUGGACCGAGCCCAUCGCAUUGGGCAGAAACGUGUGGUUAAUGUAUACCGAUUGAUAACCAGAGGAACACUGGAAGAGAAAAUAAUGGGUUUGCAGAAAUUCAAGAUGAACAUUGCAAAUACUGUUAUUAGCCAAGAGAACUCUAGUUUGCAGAGUAUGGGGACAGAUCAACUCCUUGAUCUGUUUACUCUUGAUAAGGAUGGCAAAGCAGAAAAAGCUGACACUUCUACGUCUGGAAAAACAAGUAUGAGAUCAAUUCUUGAAAACCUGAGUGAUCUUUGGGAUCAAGAGCAGUAUGAUUCAGAGUACAGCCUGGAAAAUUUUAUGCAUUCUCUCAAAUAA